CCAUCUUCGCAGGGCACGUGGCCGUCGCGGAAGGAGCCGUCGCCCCGCGAGCUCCCGGCCAUCCCCUUCAUCUCCGCCGUCGCCCGCAAGAGGAAGAAGUGGCGUGAAGCCGAAUGCUUCGGCAGCAGCACCGACGACGACGCGGAGCACAGAGAUACGCGGGGCCGGGGGCAGGAGGAGGGCACGGCCACCGCACCGGGACCCGGCGGAACCCCACGCACCGGGAAGGAAAACGCCGUGGAAACCGGCGGUACCGGGCAGGAACCGGCAGCGGACGCCCGCUCCAUCGUGUCGGGGUAUUCCACCCUAUCCACCAUGGAGCGAAGUCUGAGCUCCGAGGUGCAGUCGGUGGCCGAAAGCCGCGGGGAGGAGGCGGAUGAUGAGCGCAGCGAGCUGAGCCACGCGGAGACGGACACGGAGAGCCGAGCGGGGCCGGGGGGGGCGGCGGCUGGGCUGGGGGGCGGCGAUAGGGCAUCACCCGGCCGGCCCUCCUUCAGUUCCCACCGCCUCAUCCAAUGCGAUACGUUGGCACGUAGGAAGCUGGGCAGGGCGCGGCCGGGGGGGGACAACACGCUGCCCGUCGGGGGUCUCGCCCUGCCCGUAACAGAGGGCGCUGGGGGCGGUCGGGUCCCCCCGGUGCGGCCGUCAUUGCGGGAGCAGCUCCGGCAGCGGCUGCGGGGCUCUGCGGAUGACACAGGGGUGCGACUGCGAAGGACCCCCUCCCCGGAGACCCGGCGUAGGAAGAGCCGUUGGAGGCGGCACACGGUGCUGGUGUUGCCCGGCGGUAUCACCGACCUCAAUUGCAACGAGUGGAAGGGGUCGAGGGGGGGGCUGUCGGUGCCCACCGGGCCGUUCCGCGAUCCGGAUUCGGGGCUCAGCAGCCUGGAAUCCACCAAAACCCGGCCCGUGGUUCCCGACCCCCCCGGCACCGGGACCCCCCCGGGCAGCCCCAGCCCUGCCGGCCCCCUACGCUUCCCUCAGUGUCUGUGACCUCCUGGGGCUGCUGCCGAUUCCC